GCGCGCCCGCCCGCCCGGCCGCCCCGCCCCCAGUUGCUUGCUAUAAAGGGAAGGCGGGCUGAGUGCUCUGUGAGCUCUGUCCGACGUUAAGGAUCCACUUUCAUCGGUCCGUACGCUCCCUUCUCAGACCCCAGCCGCCAAAAUGGUGAAGCAGAUCGAGAACAAGUAUGCUUUUCAGGAAGCCUUGAACAGUGCAGGGGAAAAACUUGUAGUAGUCGACUUCUCUGCCACGUGGUGUGGACCUUGCAAGAUGAUCAAGCCCUUCUUUCAUUCCCUCUCUGAGAAGUAUUCCAACGUGGUGUUCCUUGAAGUAGACGUGGAUGACUGUCAGGACGUUGCUUCAGAAUGUGAAGUCAAGUGCAUGCCAACCUUCCAGUUUUUUAAAAAGGGACAGAAGGUGGGUGAAUUUUCUGGAGCUAAUAAGGAAAAACUUGAAGCUACCAUCAAUGAGUUAAUCUAAUUAUGUUUUCUGAAAACACAGCCAGCCAUUGGCUGUUGAAAACUUGUAAGUUUUUUUAUUUACAAAAAGGAAAGAUCAAGUAUGAAGACUAUAUACCCAACUGCCAUCUGAUUAUAAGUGACAAUAAAAUAUUAAUUCUACCCUUUUUAAAA